UCACACAACCACAUAAGGUUAGUAGAACUUAUCAUCCCCUGCAUACUAACACUGCAAAACUGAAGGGUGAUAGUAGAAUAAAAUGAAGAUUGUCUACGUGACAGCUGUUGUGUUCUUGGUUCUUGCAAUCAUGUCUUCUACCUCCCCAUCAUUGUGCCAAGCUGGGAACUGCAUCGGCUGCAAAAAGAGACCGCCACCGCCAUCCGAUGAGACAUGCUACGAGGACCGAAAGUGUUCAGUUUCGAGGUGCCACCUGGGUUGCAUACACAGAGGCUUUGUGGGCAACGACAGAGGUGCUUACUGCCGUGGGAACGAUUGCUGCUGCAAACAUUGAUGCAAUGGAAUGCAUCUAUGCAUUUUAUGAGAAUUCAAUAAAGCUAGCUGUAUCAUUGGCCCCUGACUAUAAAUGAAAUACUACUAAGA